UCGAAGUCCGCUAGUAAGCUACUAGCUAGCACUCUCCACAGCUCCGUCGCCGGACCCGGGUGUUAGUAUAAUCCUGUGAGAAUCGGGGAAAGAUGGCAGAGUCAAUGGAGCACGUUGGAAGAACCCCUCAUAUUAAAUUCGCCAAAACUUAAGCGUUGUCUGUAUCUGAUGCAUCAAAGACUUGUGAAAACGUAGCUGACUAUUGGCGAGCCCCUUUUGGACGUAACUGGCGUGGCGUUUUUCCAUUUUCUUUGUGGCUUAGGUAGUCGAAUGUUGGUAUUCGCUUGAGGGUAAUCGUGAUCGAAACACGACGUGGGAGCGUGGAGCUAGCAAGGCGAGGGUAGGCAGGCGAGCUCGGUGGGUGCUUGUUUUUAGGGGAUGUUCUCCGUACUUUCUUAUGGCAGACUGGUUGCCAGGGCUGUCCUCGGCGGACUUUCCCAAACAGAUAGCCGGGAUUACAGCCUGGUGACAGCUAGCUGUGGAUUCGGAAAAGAUUUUCGCAAGGGGAUUUUGAAGAAAGGGAUGUGUUAUGGUGAUGACGCCUGCUUCAUAGCUCGACAUAGAUCCGCCGAUGUUUUGGGUGUGGCAGACGGCGUGGGGGGAUGGAGAGAUUACGGCGUGGACCCCUCCCAGUUCUCCGGCACGUUAAUGAGGACAUGUGAGCGGCUGGUGAAGGAGGGCCGCUUCAUGCCCAGCAAUCCCGUGGGCAUCCUCACCACCAGCUACUAUGAGCUCCUCCAGAACAAAGUCCCCCUGCUGGGCAGCAGCACGGCGUGCAUCGUGGUCCUGGAUAGGCAAAGCCACCGGCUACACACGGCCAACCUGGGUGACUCGGGUUUCCUGCUGGUGCGGGGUGGAGAGGUGGUGCACCGGUCAGAUGAGCAGCAGCACUACUUCAACACGCCUUUCCAGCUGUCCAUUGCCCCUCCCGAGGCCGAGGGCGCGGUCCUCAGUGACAGUCCUGAGGCUGCAGACAGCUCCUCUUUUGAUGUCCAGCUGGGAGAUAUCAUCUUGACUGCGACGGAUGGCCUCUUCGAUAACAUGCCCGACUACAUGAUCCUACAAGAACUAAAAAAACUCAAGAACACCAACUAUGAAAGUAUACAGCAAACAGCCAGAAGCAUCGCGGAGCAGGCCCACGUCCUGGCUUACGAUCCCAACUACAUGUCGCCUUUUGCACAGUUUGCUUGUGACAAUGGACUGAAUGUAAGAGGGGGAAAGCCGGAUGACAUCACAGUUCUUCUGUCAAUUGUGGCAGAGUAUACAGACUAGCGUCUGCGGGAGGGACGGAGAGAGUUCCUACUUCGGUCUUCCUCCUGUGGUCAAUUGUACUGUUUGUUUCCUGCUGGCAGGAUUGGGGACUUUACUCCUUUUGCAGCUAAGCCCCGACCCCACUUCCAUGUCUCUCUGCACCCCUUUCCCCUCCUGUCCCGUCAUUCCACUCGGCCUCCAGCCCCACCUGCGUUUGCACCUCCCCCCACCCCCACCAUUCGGGCUCCAGCUGCUGUCCUGUGUGAUCGGCCUACAGGCCCGCCAAAACACUGCAAUGCUGGGCAGGUUUUUCCCCAGUAUGUUUAAAACUGAAGGGGGGGAAGUCAACAUGGCACAUUUGAUAACCUCGCAUCAAUGUGCCUGUGUCGGCACAAGUUGAGCUUGGCACAGUGCUGUUGUAGUGUCUUUCUUUUGACAGCUUUACACAUGGAGGCAGGAGAGACAAAUCAGACCCCUGUGCCAGUCAUUUUCUGUUGGGGACUAAUAGUAAUAACUUAAAGAAAUGAAGUUAUUUUCCCUUCUUAUAAAAGUUGUCCGACAUGACAAGGGCUUAUUUGUGGCUGGGUGGGGAGGGUGCUCGAGGGCUGGAGACAGUAUAAAUGGGGAUAGUACCAGUCAACACAGGAAGGAAAAAGUGUCAAAUCUGAGACUCGUCUCAGUUUAAGCAUCUGUGCUAAAACGUCCUUCAAGGUGUGAACCGUGUUUUGGGAACAGAAAUCUGAGUGGCUUCUAAAUGGGCCUCAGUGGGUGGUCAGAGCCAGUUUGGGACAAGCAGCUGUCAAAGGGUGUGGGAAAAAACAUUGGUAUUAAGGGAGAGGGUGUGAGGAAAAAGCCACCGCAAGACGAGGUCACUUUAAGUGUAAUUAAAUUAAGAUUAAAUAUUUAAUGGCAAUAGUUGUGCAAGUAAAGGUAGGAUUGGGAAUCGAUGACUGCCACUGCCUCGACUGGGGAGGCAGAUGUAAGAAGUGUUCUGUAUGUAUGAGCGCAUUUCUUGAAUUUGGUCUUUGGUAAAUGUGUGUCUGUGUAUGUUGCGGCUUUUUUAAUAGUCAUGUUUGUGUAAUAGGAUUUAUGAAGUGACUGAUUCCUUAAGCUGAUCGACUGAUCAACCAAGCAACCCUUUUUGUACUGCUUGAUGAGGAAGGGGAGUGUUCGCUAAAUGUAAGAUUCGCAGGAUGACGGAUUGUGACAGAAGCCCUUAAACUCACUUGCACAUGCACCCCCUCCUGUUUGAACAAGCAGUGCUACGACGCCUCAGGUCAGAGGUCCCCCGGCCCCCAGGGCGAGAGCUGUGUGUCCUGCUUAUGUGUGUGUGCAUGGGCUCUGUACUGCACAGAGGGUUUACGUUCUUUAUAACCUUGAAGAGAGUAUACCAUUAACGCACAAGAAGAAUUCUAGUAUCUGUGAAUACUUACAGAUAUGACAGGUCAGAUAUAAAUAAUAAAGGUUUAUUUUUAUAAAACUUUUUUUUGGUGGGGUGCUGAGGCUGGAAAGUGGGAUUUUGUGUCAUUGCUCGACUCAUCCCAGCCUCACUUUAUUGUACACUCUGUCCCUGUUUAGAAAACUCCUGAAGCCAUCUUUUAAAACACAUAGGCCUCUAAUUAAUUAAGUCAGGUUAGUAUUUCAGUGAAAUGUUGUCUAACAUUUUAGGAUUUCAGUCUCUCAUGGCAGACAUCAGGACUUUUCCCCUCCUGUAGAUUUGUACUGUGUAUUUGCAUAACUUUAUUGUGCAGCUUCUAUUUUCUAAUUAGAACAAAUUAAGUUUCUACAUGUACUGUGUACAUGUCAGUCUGUGUUAUUUAUAAUGCUCAUUUGGAUUGCACCAGGCAUUAUUCAAGUUAUAAUUUUUUUUAUUUUAAUGUGAUCUGUGGUUUAAUUUCUGAAAUCAAGAAUUUAGUUUUAAUUGACGGUUCCUAUAAAGGCUUUGGUGUGAUUAUCUUGUCAUUGUGCUGCCCAGCUCAUCGCCCGCAUACCUGCAAAAGGCUGCUGUAAAAUCAGAGGGGCGUGGACUCCACUGAAAUCUUCAGGCGUAUGGCACCAUGACUCUCACUUUCAAAAGCCAUGCAGUCUUGACACUAUAAAUGUCAGCUUUGCCUGAACAGAGGGAGACUUGGAUCAUAACAUCCUUUUAUGAGACAAGCUUCAGCAAACUAUUUACCUUUUACCAUGAAAAACAGAAUAUGUAUGGCAUGCGGUUACGCAAGAUUUCACUGUCAGCUGUGUACACAGAGGUGUAGGUCAGAUAUAUUGAGCUGCAGGCAUGCAGUGUCAAACACAUUUUACACCUCUGCCCUGGCUUAUCCACUCCCUUGUGUGUUGUAGCAGGUGCACCAAAGACAUGCUUCCUGAUUUGUAUAUUUUUUGUUUUUAAAUGAUAAAGCAAUACUAUGACAAUACAUGACAAAAUGCAUCACCUGUGUUAAUGCGCAUUUUCUCACAUUUAGGACAUCUGGUUAGUAAGAUUUUUAAAAUGGCAAAAAAAGAAAAAACCUUUAAUGUAACUAUAUGCACUGACGGCAUUACUGCAUUAAGUGCCCCAGGCCACUGGCUGGUCAUGCAUUUAAUUUCUAUGCUGUACUGGAGCUCCAGUGCCCUGGUUUGUCUCUGUAUGAGAGCCAAUGGGAGUCUAGUGGUAGCUUUGUGGGUCCUAGGUUAAACCAAAGUAGGUAAGGCAAGCCAUAACCAAGCAUGACCAGGGUGUUCCCUCCUUUCCCUCCCACUACCUGCUCCGCAGUUAACCAAGCCAGCAGCACUCGCUUCUUCUGCACUCAGAAAAAGGGCCAUUCCUCCUCAGAAACCCCACCACCAAGUCAUCAAAUAGUUAGCCUUACACUCAUCUGUGGCACUCGCUGUUGAGUGACCUGCAGGAAAUUUCCAAGUGGUUUUCAGUUCUACUUUGUGUGACAUGACAUGGGGAAGGUUUUGAUGACGCUGGUCUUUGGUUUUAGGUUACGACUCUUGAGUACGUUCAAUCCCUGUAUGCUACAAGCUGUUGAUUCAGUGUUCCUAAAGGCAGACUGCCUUCCUGUCCAGCUAUGAACAUAAACUUGGUCUCAGGUUUGAGAAGGUCAAAUUGUGGCAGGCACACUGAAUGUUACAGGACUGCUAAUUGUAAAAGGACAAUUUUGCAGUGAAACUAAGAGCCCACUCGUGCUUGUUAGUAGUGAGUAUUGGGUCAUGUUGUUCAGUCUAAGAUAAUGCUAAGUACUGAAGCGCUGGACCUGACUGAAGGACCAGUGAGCUCAACAUGGCCAUAUCCGCCUUAACCCAGAAACCCAUUCCACCCCCUGUGCGGCCUUGUGACAGAGCCAGCUUAUCCUGUUUCCCAAAACUGUCCUGCUGCUCAGUUUGUCAGCACGCUUUCUGUUAGACAUGCUUUCUUACACUUGUUGAAAUAGGCGAUGUUUGUUAGUCUGAAAGCUGCACAUAUUUUUGUGUGUGUUCAGUACAAUGAUGCAGGUAUGGAUUCUGUAAAUAUGUUUUCAAAGCUGUAAAAUAUUUAAAUAAAGACUAUAGUAUUUAUACAAAA